ACACAUAUAGCCAGAUAGUAGAACCUACCAGGUGUAUUAUCGUUUUGUGCAGUCACCAAACAAUCAUGAGAGCAGCGAGCUGGCUGACACCAAAAGCUUUUCCUGAACCGGAACCGGCAGCACAGAGGUUCAGGCCCCGCAAUGGCUCUGAUAACGGCCGAUACCUCUGCACCCCGAGGGAAGUGAAUGAAACUGGUGGUGAACUCAUUUCUCGAACUAUUUCCGUGUAACAUCAUUUGCACUGGAAACGCUUGACAAACCAUCACGCUCGGGCACCUGAAUUUGAUGCAGGUGGUGCCCAAGAAGCAGCGAGGCCCAAAGAGAAGCCUGUAACCUCAGAGGCAGAGCACCGUCCUUCUAAGCCAGAUGGAAACGGCUGAACCCAAAGUGAGCGUCUCUCAUCAAGGCCGUGAGACGUUAGCUGAGGAGCUAGCAUCAGCGGUGAUCGACGCUGCUCUAAGGGAAGUAAGAGGUCAUAGAGUGGGCGGUGGACAGACUGACAGCCUUGACGAGGGACAAAGAGGCGUUUCCAGGGAGACGGACCCCGUCACAGACCUCCAGUACCGCCCACCUCUGUCACAGACGGGGCUCCCGGCCGCGGGGUCCCUCGACUACCCCGACGCCCCCCCGACCACCCCUCUGCUCCCGGAGCUCGAGAGGAGCCGCCACAGUUUCGCCCGGAAGCUGAAAGGAGACUUGGCAAAGGUUUUCUCGCCCUCGCCUCCUCCGCCCACCCCAAAGGAGGAGGACUGCUCCGGCGGGCCCGCCGGCGACCCCCGGGUGGAGCUGAUGGAGCACCUGAUGCAGUCGCUGGGCACAGGCGACGCCGAGGCGGGUUCGCGGCACGGCGCCGCGGUGGAGGCGUUCGCCGAGGCCCUUUCACGCGACGUCAUCGACUGGGCCCUGAGCUCCACGGCCGUCGACAACAGGCUGCAUCUGUUGGCCCAGCAGCUGGCGGAGACCAUCAUCACCUCCUCCCUGGAUGAAGCCAAGGUCCUUAUCUAGCCAUUCAAUGUGACACGUGAGCGUAUGCAGACAGCUGAGCAGGCUCCAGGGGCAGUGACCAUCUUCGUCCUGCAGGGGGCAGCACAGGAGCAACGUCAGUCCAUCCAAAGUGCUCCUCCAGUUUGAAUAGUGUUUAAAAAGUCCUCUCACAAUGUUUAUAAUGUCAUGUAUAUUGUUUAUCACAUAUUAAAGUAAAGUAUUUUUCUAA